AUGGCCAACAUUGUGGUGAAGACUAUCUGGCAGUCCAAGGAAAUAAAUGAGGCUGGAGACACACCGACAGGCAUUGAGAGUCGAGCCCAGAGCAACAAGGAUCAGCUUGGAAAGACUACUAGCAUUAAGGGCUUUCCAAAAAAAAAGAAAGCUGUCUCUUUCCAUGGAGUUGAGCCCCAUUUUACCAGUGAAAGUCCCAAUCUGAAUUUGAAGCGUUCUUCUGCUUGCACUAAUGUUUCUCUCCUGAAUCUAACUGAUGGGGAACGUGAUGAUUCCACCACGGAGAAUGAAUCCACAGAUGAUGGAGGCCUACCAGGGGGAGCAGGAGGCGAAAGACGGGAUCCUCUAUUUCCCAUCAAGCCAGCAUGGUCAGAAGAUGAAGAUGAAAGUUCCAGCCAGCAAGAAGUCAGCAACAGUGGCCUUUUGCGAGCCAAGGACUCCAUUACCAGUCUCAAGGAGAGGACAUCUAAGGUCAACCACCAUCUUCAGAAUCUGCAGGAAAGCUGUCGAAAGGUGACAAAAUCUGUGGAGGAUGCUGAAAUUAAGACCAGUGUGCUGGAAGAAAAUUCAGCCCUCUUGGAGGAGAAACUACGUAACUUGCAGCAACAAGUUCAAGUAGAAGACUUUCGUUGGAAAUGCAUGCUGGAGCUGGCCCAGAAGGAAGCAUUGCGGCUGCUGGCCCAGCUGGGGGUACGCUUGGAGGGGGUUCUUCCCCAGCGGGAAAGGUCACAGGUGGAACAAGGCCAGGAGCUCAAGAUGCUGCGGGAGGAACUGGAUGAAGUCUCUACCACGGCAAAGCGGACUUCAUUGUCUCUCACUCAGCUUCGGACAGACCUGGAUGGGCUCCUGGAAGACAUAUCCCGACAUCUUGCAACACUGAAGAAUAUGGAAGCGUCUGACCGGCCUCCUUCUAAUUGUGCUAGAUGUUCCAGCUAUAGCAUUGUGAAUACAGAGGUGCUGCGAAAGAUGUUUGAGCAUGCGAUGGCACCUGUUUUGGAGGAGCUGAAGCAGCGGGCCCAAUCAGAAGGCAUAUGCCCCAGCUGCCAGCGUUUGCAGAAGACGAUGGCACAGCGAGGCACAGAGUAG